CGCCAGCAGUCCAGGGAAGGGACGGCGGGACAAGCCGGACGCGCGGGAGGGCGGACGGGGCGGGGACAUGGCCGCGGCGCCCGGAGGGUCUGCGCCGCCCGCCGGCCCCGGCCCGCGCCUGGCUUUCAGCACCGCGGACAGCGGCGUCGGCAUGAGCGGGCUGAACCCAGGUCCCGCGGUGCCCAUGAAGGACCACGACGCCAUCAAGCUCUUCGUGGGGCAGAUCCCGCGGGGCUUGGACGAGCAGGACCUCAAGCCGCUGUUCGAGGAGUUCGGCCGCAUCUACGAGCUGACGGUGCUGAAGGACCGGCUCACCGGCCUCCACAAAGGCUGUGCCUUCCUCACCUACUGCGCCCGGGACUCUGCUCUCAAGGCCCAGAGUGCACUGCAUGAACAGAAGACCCUGCCAGGGAUGAAUCGUCCGAUCCAAGUGAAGCCGGCUGCCAGUGAGGGCCGAGGAGAGGACCGGAAGCUGUUUGUGGGGAUGUUGGGCAAGCAGCAGGGUGAGGAGGAUGUCAGACGUCUGUUCCAGCCCUUCGGCCAUAUCGAGGAGUGCACUGUCCUGCGGAGUCCUGAUGGUACCAGUAAAGGCUGUGCCUUUGUGAAAUUCGGGAGUCAAGGGGAAGCUCAAGCUGCCAUCCAGGGACUGCAUGGUAGCAGGACAAUGUCGGGCGCCUCAUCCAGCCUGGUGGUGAAGCUGGCAGACACCGACCGCGAGCGCGCACUACGGAGAAUGCAGCAAAUGGCUGGCCAGCUGGGCGCCUUCCAUCCAGCGCCACUGCCUCUCGGAGCCUGUGGCGCCUACACCACUGCGAUCCUGCAACACCAGGCAGCAUUGCUGGCGGCGGCGCAGGGUCCCGGGUUAGGCCAGGUGGCCGCGGUGGCCGCCCAGAUGCAGCACGUAGCGGCCUUCAGCCUGGUGGCUGCACCGCUAUUGCCUACAGCAGCUAACACAUCACCUGGUGGCAGCGGCCCUGGUGCACUCCCCGGCCUUCCAGCACCCAUGGGGGUCAAUGGAUUCGGCUCCUUGACCCCCCAGACCAACGGACAGCCAGGCUCCGAUACGCUCUAUAACAACGGGCUUUCCCCUUACCCAGCCCAGAGCCCCGGUGUGGCUGACCCCCUGCAGCAGGCCUACGCUGGGAUACACCACUAUGCAGCAGCCUAUCCCUCGGCCUACGGCCCAGUGAGCACAGCUUUUCCCCAGCAGCCUUCAGCUCUGCCUCAACAGCAAAGAGAAGGUGAGGGCCUGGGGGCUGGAGAGCAGCGGUUUGUGAAUGUGGGGGUACCCCUCGGGGUCCUUCCCCUGAACAAGCCUGCUCCUGUUCCUGCAGGCCCCGAAGGCUGUAACCUCUUCAUCUAUCACCUGCCUCAGGAGUUUGGGGAUGCAGAACUCAUACAGACAUUCCUGCCCUUCGGAGCCGUUGUCUCUGCCAAAGUCUUUGUGGAUCGUGCCACCAACCAGAGCAAGUGUUUUGGGUUUGUUAGUUUUGACAAUCCAACCAGUGCCCAGACUGCCAUCCAAGCCAUGAAUGGCUUUCAAAUCGGCAUGAAGAGGCUCAAGGUCCAGCUAAAGAGACCUAAGGAUGCCAACAGGCCUUACUGAUCUGCACUCACUGAUCAGUCACAGACAGAAACUGAAGAGUGAGAAAGAAGGAAGAAGAAAAGCACAGGAACGCUGGAGUGGCCCUACCGGAAGGAGUGGCAGCAGACGGAGGUGGACCGGACCCAGGGCUGGCGCCUGGGGCUCAGGCCACUCAUCAUGUGGGUUGUUCCACGGAGCACUCAAGCUGGCAGGGCAACCAGUGCUGGCUGAGGAUCGACUGAUCUAAGGGAACCAGCAGAGGGCCUCGGGGGUGCCAUGGGCUUCUCAACAAGGGAAGCCCAAACUUACUUCGUUCAAAAUCAUAUCAUUCCUUAGUGUUUAGGGACCAAAGGACUAUUGCUUUUUUUAAGAAUAUAUAUAUAUAUAUAUAUAU